AUGAAAAGCACAAAGCCAGAACCGCUGGAUCCCUCAGCACUGCAUGAAAGGUAGGUUAUCACUCAUUGACGCCGAAUUGGGCUAGGAUACUGUCUGUUCUCUCCUCGCACACCGAUCCUGUAACCCAGAAGACCUUUGAGGAUGAACUUUCUGAUAUAACUCUCACGCAAAUGCUUCCCGUCCUCAAUCGAAUGCAGAAAGAGGGUCAAGUAGAGGUGAUGGUAAAUCCAGACAGAACCCUCUCCUGGCGACUACGAGAAAUCGACAACAUGGAGUAGGCCGUCAGUUUUCUUAUCUUAAAAAUUAAUGGCAGCAAGUUGAAGUCCCUGACAGACAUCGAGGAGUGUCUGGUGUACAACUGCAUUCGCAAGAAUGGCAACGAGGGAGCUGCACUGAAGGUGAUUUCGCAAGACACAAAGUUGCCGCAGAACCGGUUGCCGCGCAUCCUGAAGGCUCUCGUGGGCAAGAAGCUAAUUAAAGAACUGCCAAUCUUGUCCGGCAACAAGCAAAAGAUAUACCUUUUGGCGGAACUGGAACCUAGCCGUGCGUUGGCUGCAAAUACCCUUUUCGCCGGCGAAACUGGUGUGGAUGGAGAGUUUGUGGCGAUGUUGCGAACAGCCUGCCUAAAGUAUAUUCAGGACAAGGUGAGCAGAACUGUCGUUUAAAAAAACAUUUCUAGCGAACGUUGCGUUUUGUCGUUUUAUGGGUGAGUAAUUUAACGUCAAAUGGAAGUCCUUAACAGAAAACUAGUAAAUUAUGGACGCACGUUGAAUCUGUGUAUUUUGAGGGGUCAACGCGUGUACGCAUAAAUGGGAUACUCAUAAUUCCCCAGUGAUCAGUCAUUUAAUAGUAAAACGGUUAAUAUUUAAAUCCGCUGGCUUUAUCAGACCGUAUAUAUCUCCGAGGUCUCUGGACCCUAUCCGCGUACCUCUUUACACGUUGAGCAGCCGGACUCAAACCUAUCCUGCAUAAUAAGUGCCUUUUCUUAAAUUAAUGUUUUUAAUUUGCAUUUUUCAAGUGCAUCCCUCCCUCUUUUUUGGCGUUUUUCGUUUUCGUCGUUGAAACUUUCUAAUUUCAGCUACUGAAGUACGUUGCUCUACGCUACACUCCCGUUACAGUUCGGCAAGAAACCAACAAGAGUACCGAACCUACAUAGAUAUUAUCUCCUUGAAUGCUCCGCGUUCUUUCAGCCACUUCGUCCCCGCCUCAUUCUCGUCUAGAUUGGCCAAAUAGACUUGUGGAUGCACCACAAAUUACAGCCUUCUAAAUGUCCACUCUUCGGUGACAUUUAAUAGAGCAAUAGGUGCAUGGAGGCGGGGCGUACGAUCGUGACAACCCCAGCAACGCGUUUCAUAAUCCCCAACAUGCUGAAGCUGACAAUGCCUUCCAGAAGCUGGAGGUUUUUAAGCCUCAGAUCUCUUGUAGUUUUGACUCUGUGGCAAGUUCUUGUUGGGUGUACUCUAGUGCAUUAGAGGCAUGUCGUAGACAGCGAAAAAUACCGAUUCUUUGGGAAGUGUUUGCAGUUUUUGCAUACAUUAUGAAAGACCGAGUGUUUUUUCCUAGAUGCUUUGGCAGAUUUUGAAUAAUUCAUAUUGACUCAACUGGGAAAAACUCGGCGCCUCCGUGGGAUUCGAACCCACGACAUUGAGGUGAAGGCUUCAGUACAGCACGAGCUUCUGUGAAGCGUUUUUGUGCAGGAGUUACACGAACUUGACACGCUCUGCCUCCUCGCAAGAAUGUUUUAAAUAAUCAACACCCCGACUCCAAAACAGCUUGAUAGUGAUGGUAUGCACAAGACUAGAGUUAUUACACAGUCCUAGCGAAGACCAAAACAUCCUAUUACGUGCCCAGCCGUCUAACUAUCGCCUGCUGCUAUACGUUUUAAGCAUCGCGUUUGUAUUAGUAUAACUUUUAAGUUACCUCCGAGUCUAUUGUUACCACAGGCUGAUGCGGCGUCGCACGUUCUGGAUCCUUUGAUUAGCAGAAAUUCCUCCUACGCAUCCGUUGAAGAGAUCCACCGUUUCAUCACAAAUGCGAAACUCUGCACGGUGAGUUGGUUGUUAUCGGCUGUGGAUCGCUUAACUAUGUAGAUCUGACCUUACCCAAACCCAGCUACUCUAAAUAGUGAGUAGACGUUUAUUUUCAAGUAAAUUGGCUGGCACGUUUUUCAAAUGUGCUGACAGCUACCGUUAGUACUGGUUGGACCGACUGCAAUGUCCGCAGGACCAGAUAGUAGUACGACUGAUACUCUGUGAUCAAGCGAUAAUUAGCAAUCAGUCUUUGUCACGUUGAUGUUUUACUUAUCAGUUGUGACGACUAAGCGGUUCAACUACGGUUCGUGCUGGAACAAUCCGAGGCAAAGACCUUUCACAAAACUGCUGCGAGGCGCUUCGGACUGUAUUCAAAGUGCAUUUUGUCCGUCAACGUUGAAAUGUUGUCUUCAGGCAUAAUUUGUCAAACACUUCAAACUGCAUCAUUUCAGCAGCUUCGGAAACCACGUUUAGCAUCUGUGAAGCACGAUAGGUCUGUCUAUAGCCGAAUAUAUUGCUCUGCGUUUUCUGUUGAAUCUCGUGACUAAAGUGCAGACAUUUCUAGGAACCAUAGAACACGCUGCGCGCCAAUUAAAUGGAAUUUUUUAUUGACGCUCGUCAUUAUCUUCCCAGAAACUGCGAUAUCUAGCCAGAUGAAAAAGCUGGCCUCAUCGAGUCUUCUAAUUUAACUGGAGAGGGACUGCAGGACGUGUCCUGCGGUUUGAAACCUUUGUGUAAUGCUCUGAUCUUUGCAGAAUUCACUGGCAACCUCGGAUUUAGGGCUUCGGGGACUUUGGAAUCAUGAGCGGAUUUCGCAUCCUCGAAGGAGGUUCUCACCGCCGAAAUACUUAUCGUCUGUUACGAAGGCAUUCCACCCCGACUAAGCUCAAUACUGGUUCUAGAGUGCUAUGGUCAAAAGCGCAUUUGUUGUCUAGCUCAAGAGAGUAAUUUGCAGGAAAACUGGAAUUUUAAUCCCCCUCAUGUUCCCGUCAGUUGACGGUAUAACAUGACUAACUCGAGGAGCCACAAUGAGUGUCGUCAACGUUCAGUAACUCUGACAUGGUGCAUCUGUAAAUGAACUCGAACUUUUUAGUAGAAUUAAGGUGUUAGUCAGUCAUCUACUGAAAACACUCUUUGAUUCGGGUUUGGCCACAUUCGUGGAUCUGCCCAACCUGCAUUAGUGCAUGGAGGUGUGAACACAUCCCAAGAGACCGGUUCGCAAACAUCUUCGUGAUGAUGUUGAGCUAGUUGAUAUUUCCCUUAUCCCGGUGUUUCGAUUUUGUCCUCGCUUUAGAGGAUGGCCUAGAGCGCCAUUCAUUCUGACCUGUGGGACACCAGGUUGGGAGAAGAGGGAGUUAAUUUGUAAAUCAUUUCUCCGUCUCGCUUGGAAACUUUUUUUCCACCGAGACGUAUAUUUACUAAGAAAUUUGCGAAUUUAGCCUCGAGUGCGAACUGCCGCUUAUCGUAGACAUAUUCAAAUGUGCUAGAUCCCAACUGUUGAGAUUUUCUUAUCUGUGGCAUUCAAUUGAAUUCUGUGUACUUUCUCUGCCAUCUUCCAUUUUCAAUUCAGAGCCUUACUCCCUGCCAGCCGUCGAAUAAGCUCUGGGGCCUUUGUCUGUAGUGGUAUACUUUUGGUUGUUAACUGUUGCUUAUGUUAGUGCCUUUGCCACCCCUGCGGGUCUUUUUGUACCACGCCGGUUCUCUACCGUCUCCCAUUCAGGUGCCCCUGAAUGAGUCCGACGUGAAGACCAUCCUCGACGCCCUGAUGUUUGGAGGGGAACUGGAGAUGCGUCGGUCUGGCGGCCGAACCGACCUAGACGCACCUGACACCUCGGACGUUUCGUCGGCCAUGUACCGCAUCGCUCCUCGGACACCGAGCCUCGCACUCCUGGCGCGCGUCCCCUGCACCAUCUGUCCGGUAAAUUUUUCGUUAGCCGAAGGCGCAUAAACUCACCUCUCCAUUGGCUAUCGCCGAGAUGUUUUAAGUUGCCACCCUGUCUUCGGAGUUCAGUGCGUGAAGAAGAGUCGCCUGUUGCCGCGUCACCUCUGCAGUCCACAGUGGCCUCUCAGUCCAGCGGGUUUCUGUGGUCUGGCUACCUCACAAGGACACAGCACUUGUGCUGCUCAUCAACCAGGCCUUUAUUCUGUUCCGCCUUAUGCCCAAUUUUUUUAACUAUUAGUGGUAAUGGUAUUUGACCUCAGCCACUCCAGAUACGAUACUUCGCGUCGUUUGCGAUUCUUCGCUAAACGCCUUUGUAAGGUCACCGUAGUUGACUCACAGGGCUGAAGUAUUGAUGCAGCUGAUACGCAACCAAGUACGUUAUCUCCACUUGUUGCUGUCUGUAAUGGUAGAUCAGAGUACGAGUCCAGAAUGUCGGGCCCCUGGCAUUGGACGUUGCCUAUGUAUUGACAAGAAUUCGGUUGGCCGAAUAUCCGUUGCAUCCCGCUCCUUGGGAUCUACCGGAUUUAGCAAGUGGGCAGUCUUCGCCUCGUUUAUUUGCAUCAAUCUUUUUGCACUCUUGACUACGAUUCUUUCCUUUCCAAACUAUUCGACUAAUGCCUCUGCAUACACACUAUUCGCUGUCUCAGUAUGGAAUUCUCAGCUUUAAAGGAAAACAAUUUCCCUUCUAAGUGUGAGCACUUGCUGCAGAAUCUGUCGAGAACUUCCUUUUGUGGUAGGUGGAAUUUAAAACUCGGAAAGUUGCACGGAACUACCUUUGGAGGCAACAAAUUUCACGUAGAUUCCUCCCUUUCAGUAAUUGAUAUGGUGGCAUUGUCUUACUACGACACCCUUUGUCAGUUUAUAAACCAUUCAAAGUCCUGCGUACAGGACUGCCCAGAAUAUGUUUUUGGUUAGGGAUUCUUCCGGAGACGUUCCACAUGCUGACAAUUUAAACAGCUAGGAUUGGAGACAAGGACGCAUUUAAAGCAGACGAUUUAAACAGUCUGAACUAUUUACGUAUGGUCUCUUUUCCUCCUAUUUCAGAGCCGUCUGGACUGCCGACCGGGCGGUGCCAUAUCUCCGACAAACUGCGUCUAUUACAAGGCCUUUCUUGAAUUCUGA